AUGGUCUUUAAAGUUUUAUACAUUGCCACUACCCCUAUCGAAAGUAGAGAAGAUCGCCACUCAGUAGUACCCCCACUAGCAGAAAAACCUUCCCCAGUACCACCAUACCUUACCCCUACUGCUGCAUCAUCUAGCAGGAGUGUAGUAGCUCCUACACUGCGGACAUCUCCACUCCAGUUAACCACCACACCACUACCUAGUGAGUCAACAAACACCAGCCCCACCCUCAGAGCCAGUUUCUUCUCAGGAAUCUUCAACUCACUGGAGCCAGUCAACCCACCAGUCACAACAGAAGAACAACACCCAGCUUCUGUUUCAACAGAAUCUAAACCAGACCCAUCGAGAUCUCCAGUUGAUCCUGUUCCAGAAGAAGAACCCACUGACAGACAUCCAAACAACCUGGAAGACGGAGACUCAGAACCCAGCAAUCAGGAAGACAAAGAAGAUAUGUCAGACAACAAUAAUGGAGCGGUGAACAAACCCAACCAGUUUGAAGGAGACAAGGGAAAGAGCAAGGAAUUCCUAGACAAAUUAUACCUAUACUUUGAGGGAAACUCUAAGAAGAUCCAGACCGAUAAGGAUAAGGUUCAAUGCGCUCUUUCCUACAUCAAAGGACCUGCCCAGUUCUUUGUUCACACCAUCAUCACAGAUGCACAGGAACCCAUUUCUAAUACCAAGAAUGCGCCACUUAAGGGACUACCUAGCUGGGCUAACUUCAGAAAGUCUUUUAUCCAGACCUUUGGAGUAGAAGAUGACACCCAGGCAGCAUUAAACGAGAUCAGCAAGUGA